GACUUAUUUUAGAUAUAUUUAAUUCACUUUUACACUACAUCCACAUUACAUUUUUGUAAAUUGGGAUUAAACAGGACUUGAUUUCACAUAAGUAUUUCUCUGAGUGAAUUUAAAUUCUACCCAGAACUGGGGCAGUCAAUUAGGUGACGCAGAUGGCAGCCGUAUAAUUCUGUUGCGCAGACACUGUAGCCUUUACGGUAACUCAAGUGGCUAUGGGAGGGACCAUACCGCAUUUAGUGUCACCAAGACUGUCUUCACAUACACACACACUCACUCACAAUCUCACACUCACACAGACGCACAGGGGUAUUACUGGCCCUCGGCAGCCUCAACCUCCAGGAACCAACGCCAAAACCAGCUCCAUCAUCACCAACUCCCACAUCCUUAGAAACUCAUCUUCCUCACCACAACAGGUCUGUGCUGACACUCAACGCUCACCUGUUUUAUCGACCUUUGAAGACAAGUCCUCAAUUCAGGUGACCCAUCUCUGUCCCAGCAUUCCCUGCAGGCAGGAAUGGCAGACGGUCGGCAGCCAGACGAGCACUGGGCCUCUAACGGCGAGAACGGCUACUCGGGCUACAGCUCUGGCUACAAGCAGAACGGAUACCAUGGUGGUGCAGCUGCACAUCCUGGAACAAUAGUGGAUGACUCAGCCAAUCUGCCUCCCUCCCCUCCCCCCUCUCCCUCCGCUGGCCAGAUUGGGCCUGUGGCACAAGCCCAGCUGGAUGAAGACUGUUUUGGUCAGGCGUUCUGUGAGCCUGCUAUGAAAGAUGAAAAACCUCAGGAUUCUCCACGACAUGACAGGGAGGUGGAUGAUUUUCAAGACUCUUCUUCAAAGGGCAAAAAUGACAAUGGAAAACAACCUGACCAGUCUUCACAAGGGCAAUCUGAAUGUUCUGUGACUGAGAGCACGGAGAACACCACGGUAGUUGAUAAAGAUGAUAGAAGUGAUAUUACAGUGCAGGUGACCAACAACCAAAAUCCAGAAAUGUAUGAGCAGCUCAAGGAAACAUCAGAAAUAAUCACAGAACCAAGUCAAGGAGUGGCUUCCUACUUUGAGACGUCAACAGAAACUGCUGAAGAAGUAUCACAUGAAAGUCAGAGCUACUAUGAACUCAGCACAACAGCAGAAACAAAGACAACUGGGCAUUCUGAAGAAGGACAGGACCAAAUGAAAGUCAAAAUGUCUACAGAGCAGAGAAGCCUUUCCUUGAACAUUAAUAUUGGACCCUCAGUUGGACCACCACUAAAGGAAAAGCCCAUAAUCCCACCUGAGAGUUUGGUACCAAUCAGUGGAAGUUUUGAUGAUUCUGAGGUCUAUCCUUUAACACAUUUUUCAGAGACUGAUGAAUCCAGUUGUCCUCCAGCUCUUUGCAUUACUCCAACCUUCCCUGAGUCACCGGAUGAUCAACCUGCUAAAGUGGAAUCACCUAAACUGUCUGACCAGCACAGCUGUAGUUUUGAGAACAUCAGUUGCCUCUCUGAGAUGUUGGACCUGGCUGGAGCUCUGCAUCAGCUGCCACCGGGGAGAAGAGAAACUGACUCCAUUAGACGUAAAUCGGUGCCCACAAAUGUAUCCCUUGUUAGCAGUUCUUUGGCCAAACUCUCUUUGGGGGAUCCCACUUCAAAAAAAGUGGGUAGGGGAAGUCCUUCAGAGGAUUUGAGCUACUGUGCAUUUAAUGAAUAUUUAGGGCCAAUGCCUUCUCCUGCAGAUGUACCCAGUCCUGGAAAUUCUCCAAACCAACAUUUUCUUCCUAUUGAGAGUGGAGUAAAGGAGAACCUUGGGGUAGCAGAUGUUGAAAGUACCCCCAGUGAGAUGCAAGAACAUGAUUACAAAGAAACAGUUUCAGAGAUAUGUCACAGAGCAAAAACUUCCCCAGUUAAAACGUCCCUCAAGCUUGAAAAGGCUGUAACAAGUGGAGUUAAACCUGACCGUCUAAAAAUCCCAGUGACUUCUUCCAAAGACAGACUCAGCGGCUUGCCCGGGGAUAUAAAGAUCCAACCAAUCCCUGAGGUCGAUAUUGAAAAAGAUCCAUCUAGAGAGGCCUCCCCUAUCCCACCAGACAACGCUUUCACUUUUACCCCAACAGAAACUGGAAGCACGGGUCUCCCUUCUCCUACUACACCUAAGUCGCUUGCUGGACCACUUUCAGAAAGCAAAGAUACUAUCAAGAAAGAAAGCGAACAUUUCUCUGUAGAGGUCAAAGCAGGACCAGAGAAAAUGUGUGAAGACCAAGGAAUUCCAUCUCAUGGCAAUCAUCAAAAUGACAGUGAAAAACCUGCAAGACAAGAAGAAACAGCAGUUCAAGCCACCUCUAUGGCUGUUCAGGAAUCGGGUAAUGAGGCCAAGAUCCAGUUAUGGGAGGACAAGGGAUCAGCAAAACCACUGACACCCUCCAAAAUUAUUGUUAUACCACAGGCACAAGUAGAAGAAGAAGCUGAGUAUGAUGAUGACAUUGAGAUUGCUGAGGAACCGCAAGAAAUAAUGGAGGAAACUGAGGAACCUGUUCUCCUAAAAACAUGUCUGACGGAAGUUAAAAAAGAAAAAGCAAAGUUAGAAGAGGUGUUGUUGUCAGCAGAUGCACAGGUGUUUAAAGACCGUGAGGAGGGUAAUUGUGAGGAGAUCGCAAAAGAUUGUUCUCACUUGUCUCCUUGUUGCGACCACAACCUACAACAGAAAGCAGAUGUAGGAGAUCAAGAUAAAAAAGGGUUUGAAAAUGUUCCCCCUAAAGAGAGAAAAGAACUAGAAGAGGGAAAAGAUGAUGAAACCACCACACAAGUCUCCACCGUAGACACUGACAGUGGUUGGAUAGACUCACAAGACGAGGACAUAAGUAUUGUGACUGAAAAAAUCGAGGCCCUUCCUCACACCCAGAGCUCUACCACUGCGCCUGUGGUGGUGGACAGACCCACUAAACGGGCACCUGGCAGAGGAAGGAGCCGACCUGGUGCCACUGAGAGCAAAGUGUCCCGCAGAGGACCAAGAGAGGAGAUGAAGAAGAAAAAAGGCAUUAGGAGGGUUGAUCAAAAUAAGGUGUCAGUCCUCCAAAGUCGUUCCCCAUCUCGAAAGAGCGUAGCCAAAGCGGCAGCCAGACAUCCUAGGCCUGCUCUGCUUCAUGGCUCUGCUAGACGCAAGGCAACAGGAAUGGAAAGUCAUCAGCCUCUCAGUGUCGCUCACCAGUCUAGGGAACGGCCCACUAGCCCCUCCAGAACUGCACUACAUGGCAGUUCAGUUCUGCAGGAGAGAGCGUACCGCAGUCCAGAGAAGAGAUCGUCUCUCCCCAGACCGGCCAAGUCUCUAACGCGCCACAUCCCUGCUGCUGAGCAAGACGAUGGCACCCCCUCCAGGCCAAGCUGUACAGACCUGGCACGUUCUCGAUCGGUCCGCAGCGGCGCCUCCACACCUGGUACUCCACCCAGUUACGCCUGCCGUUCCCCCGGCUCACGCACCCCGGGAAGCCACACACCCAAGUCCUUCAGCGUACUCCAGGAGAAGAAGAUCGCUGUGAUCCGAACCCCACCAAAGUCGCCAUCAUCUGCACAGCGACAGCUCAAGGUUCUCAAUCAGCCUUUACCUGACCUGACAAAUGUCAAGUCCAAGAUCGGCUCCACCUCCAAUCUAAGGCAUCAGCCAAAAGGUGGACAGGUUCAAAUUUUAAGUGAGAAGCUGGACUUCAGUCAUGUUCAAUCCAAGUGUCGCUCCAUGGAUAAUUUGAAGCACUCGCCUAAAGGAGGCAACGUCAUGAUUCCGAGCGUGAAGCUGGACUUUAGCCAUGUCCAGGCCAAAUGUGGCUCCCUGGACAAGAUCUAUCACUCAGCAGGAGGAGGAAAUGUUCAAAUCCAGAAUAAGAAAGUAGACCUGAGCCACAUCACCGCCAAAUGUGGAUCAAUGUCCAACGUCAACCACAGACCAGGUGGAGGCAAUGUUCAAAUUGAAAAUGUCAAAUUGGACUUCAAAGAAAAAGCCCAGGCCAAGAUCCACUCCUUGGACAACACCAGGCACACCCCAGGAGGAGGGAAUGUCAUGAUUGAAAGCCACAAGCUGAGCUUCAGAGAGCAGGCCAAAGCUCGUGUUGACCACGGUGCCGAAAUCAUCAUCACCCACACACCUGGGUAUGAGACGGGGGGCACAUCUCCUCAACGAUCAUCCGCGGGCAGCAUCAAUGUGGAGUCCCCACAUCUCUCCACACUGGCCCAGGACGUCACUGCUGCCCUGGCUAAACAAGGCUUAUGAGCUUGGAAACAAAACCCAUUAUCAUCCAGUGUUGUCCCCUACAUUUGCCCGACCCUUCCUCACACGGCCAACAGGAUUUGAAAAAUGUCACUGUUUUUAGAUUAAUCCACAUUCCUUCCCUUUUUUAUCCCUGUUUUAGUCCCUAAAACAUGAACUUUUGCUUUCUUUUAGCUAGACCACACACUGAGCUGCAAAAAAGGAAACUACGAUGGUUUUAAAGAUUGUACAGUUGAAUUUCCUAGAGUUUUGCUCUUUACAUUCCUCUUGUUUUUUGUGAAUGUUUUUAGGUGUGCAUUUGAGCAUUCUGAAUUUACAAGGUACUGAUUGGAAGAUGUCGCCCGACUAUAAGAUGCUAAAUCUAGGUCUUAAAGAUAUGUCUGUGUAGAAGGGCUGAUGAGCAUGUUUGCGAAAAUGUUUCAUUUUCAGUUUGAAGACAAUAUUUUUUUGGGGGGGGUUGUUUGUUGUUUGAUAUCUGUAUGUGCUGGUUGUUGGGCGGAACUGUGUUUUAUUAUCGUUUUCCUUUCAAAAUAUAUAUAUAUAUGUCAAUAUAGUGGAAGUGGUUGAUGUUCCUGUAUGUUCGCUGUGGCUGCACUGGCUACUUAGCACUUAAAAAAGGCUAAAUGGCUACUUUUCCAAAAAAUCUACUUCUUUUUCUUCUCUGCAAAAAGUAAAACAAACAUAAGCUGCUCUUUUUUCUAAUAUGUUUUUACAUUAGCUUUGUGGUUCUUUCAGGCUAUGACACUGCUGUUGUGCUGGCAUGGCAACUCAAAUAUGACAAGUGUUCAUGUGUGAAGGUCUGAGUCUCUCCUGCUCUGAUUCCCACCAUUUGUGCAUUUUUACAGUGGACGACCGUCAACCUGCAGUUGUUCAUUUAAAAAAAAGAUCAGAGGUUGUAGCAUUUCUCCUCCUCCUGCUGUGUUUCCCUCUGUGCCCCCUCUGCUCUUCCCUGUGUAAAGUGUAUUUAAAGACCAUGUAGAUGUGUGCACUGCUGUCAUGUUGACUGACAAAUGCUCCUACAGGAUGACGACAGAAAUAAAGGAAAAUAAAGGAAAUAAAAACUG